AAAGGGAGGAAAAAAAGGAGAAAAAGAAAGAAUCAAAGAAGGAUAGCAAUGGAGAAGAAGAUGAGAGACCUGGAAGAUGAGCUGUUCCCGUCGACGCCGGGGAAGGUGAAGAUCGAGCGAGCGCAUGCCAUGAAUCGCCAGUUCCACCGCUGCUUCGCCUCCACGAGCACCAUGUUCCUAUGGGCGCUUUUCCUCAUCGCCCUCACAGCCUCCUACCUCUCCUUCCAAUCAUUCGUCGAUACUUCAUCCAAGUACUUCACCGCAUCCUGGGGCGGCCUCCAUUGGGAGCGUCAAGUCCGUGCUUCUGCCCUCCCUCGCCGCUCCAAUGGCAUCUCCGUCCUCGUCACCGGCGCUGCCGGCUUCGUUGGAUCGCAUGUCUCCAUCGCCCUUCACAAACGCGGUGACGGCGUGCUUGGCCUUGAUAACUUCAAUUCCUACUAUGAUCCGUCUCUGAAGAAAGCCCGCAAGACCUUGCUCGCCUCUCAUGGCAUCUUCGUCGUCGAGGGGGAUGUCAAUGAUGCGAGACUCCUUGCCAAGCUCUUCGACAUCGUGCCCUUCUCUCACGUGAUGCAUCUCGCCGCGCAAGCCGGAGUUCGGUACGCGAUCGAGAACCCUAACUCGUACGUGCACAGCAACAUCGCGGGUCUCGUCACGCUCCUGGAGGCCUGCAAGGCGGCGGAUCCCCAGCCGGCGAUCGUCUGGGCAUCAUCAUCAUCCGUCUACGGCCUCAACGAGAAGGUCCCCUUCUCAGAGUCCGACACCACCGAUCGCCCCGCCUCUCUCUACGCCGCCACAAAGAAAGCCGGCGAGGAGAUAACCCACACCUACAACCACAUCUACGGUCUCUCCAUCACCGGCCUCCGCUUCUUCACCGUCUACGGUCCAUGGGGGCGGCCGGACAUGGCCUAUUUCUCCUUCACCCGCAACAUUCUUCAGGGCAAGCCGAUCACCAUCUACCGCGGCAAAGAUCGUGUGGAUCUCGCCCGCGAUUUCACCUUCAUCGACGACAUCGUUAAGGGUUGUAUCGCAUCUCUCGACACCGCCGAGAAAAGCACCGGCAGCGGCGGCAAGAAGCGUGGUCAGGCUCAAUACCGGAUCUACAACCUGGGCAACACCUCGCCGGUGACGGUCCCAACUCUGGUAUCCCUUCUAGAGCGGCAUCUGAAGAUGAAGGCGAAGAAGAACAUGGUGGAGAUGCCCGGCAAUGGCGACGUCCCCUUCACCCACGCCAACAUCAGCCUCGCCAGACGUGAGCUUGGUUACAAGCCUAGCACGAAUCUUGAGGCAGGCCUUAAGAAGUUCGUCAAAUGGUACCUAUCUUACUACGGCUAUGGCCGGUCCAACGCCGGCAAAAACUUGUAAAAUUUUUAUUUUUAUUAUUAUUAUUUUUUUUCUAUUUUCCGGGUUU